CAGUGGGGCCUGGCCCUGAUAUAUGCCGGCGCCUCGGCUAGAGUGAGCGGCGGCGGCGCCUCUUUCCUCUGGCUCUUUCCCUGUCCCUGUGAGUGUGAGCGGGUGGCGGGCGGCCGAGGCGGCGGGGCCGGGAUGGAGGACAUUAACUCCAAUGUGAACGCGGACCAGGAGGUGCGGAAGCUGCAGGAGCUGGUGAAGAAGCUGGAGAAGCAGAACGAACAGCUGAGGAGCCGCUCCGGGGCCGUGCAGGGCGCCGGCUCCCUAGGGCCUGGCAGCCCGGUUCGAGCCGGUGCGUCCACUCCCUCCUCCGGAGCGGCGUCCCCUAGGGGCUUCUCCUUGGGCCUCAUCGCCAAGUCGGGCUGCGGGGCCGGGUCGGGCCCGAGGCGGACGAGUAGCGAGGAGCUGCGGGACGCCACCUCCUUGCUGGCAGCGGGUGAGGGCGGCUUUCUGGACGAGGUGGAGCCGCUGCGGCCCGAGGAGCUGGAGCGCCUGUCAGGCUGGGAGGAGGAGGAGGAGAGCUGGCUGUAUUCAUCACCAAAGAAAAAACUUACACCAAUGCAGAAAUCAGUUAGUCCUUUAGUUUGGUGCAGGCAAGUUUUGGAUUACCCAAGUCCUGAUGUUGAAUGUGCUAAAAAGUCUCUUAUCCACAAACUUGAUCAAACUAUGUCAGCUCUCAAGAGGCAGAAUUUGUAUAAUAAUCCUUUCAACUCCAUCAGUUACACAAGUCCUUACAGUCCAAAUGCCAGUAGCCCAUACAGCAGUGGUUUCAAUUCUCCGUCCUCAACCCCAGUGCGACCUCCUAUAGUCAAACAGCUAAUACUUCCUGGAAAUUCAGGUAAUUUGAAAAGUUCGUCAGACAGAAAUCCUCCACUCAGUCCUCAAUCCUCUAUAGACAGUGAAUUAAGUGCUUCAGAAUUAGAUGAAGAUUCAAUUGGAUCCAAUUAUAAGCUAAAUGAUGUAACUGAUGUGCAGAUUCUAGCUCGGAUGCAGGAAGAAAGUCUCCGGCAAGAAUAUGCAGCCACAGCGUCUCGGCGCAGUUCUGGUUCAUCUUGCAAUUCUACAAGACGGGGUACUUUUAGUGAUCAGGAACUUGAUGCACAAAGUUUAGAUGAUGAAGAUGACAAUAUGCAUCAUGCAGUAUACCCUGCUGUUAACAGGUUUUCACCAUCACCACGCAAUUCACCUCGACCAUCACCUAAGCAGUCACCCCGAAAUUCACCUCGUUCUCGAUCUCCUGCUCGGGGAAUAGAAUAUAGUAGAGUGUCCCCACAGCCUAUGAUUAGCCGCUUACAGCAACCUCGCCUUUCCCUUCAAGGCCAUCCCACAGAUUUACAGACAACCAGUGUUAAAAAUGAAGAAAAACUAAGACGCAGUCUUCCAAACCUGUCCCGAACGUCUAAUACACAAGUUGACUCAGUGAAAAGCAGCAGAAGUGACUCAAAUUUUCAAGUGCCAAAUGGAGGAAUACCUCGCAUGCAACCUCAGGCUUCAGCCACUUCGCAAAGGCUGAAAAAUUUGCCUCGUACUUCCCUCAAAGCCAAACAGUUGCUUCAAACUUCAUCUACAAAAAGAGAAGAAACUCAUUUUCUACAGAGACUCCCUUAUUUUCUGGUGUACUGUGGUUUGGUGAUGAUCAUUUUACACUUACCUUCUCCAGGCAAAUUCCGCUCCCCUGCAGCACCAUCUCCUUUGGCUCUCCGGCAACCAGUAAAAGCAUUUAGUAACCAUGGCUCUGGUUCUCCUGGUAGCCAAGAAACAACACAACUCAUGCAAAGCACCUCCUCACCUGGGCCUCCUAUGGUUCAGAACACAGUCCCAGCAAAUCCUCCCAGCAAUAUCAACAGCACUACUCUAACCAGACCUGCAGGGACAACUGUGAUGAGAAGUGGCUUGCCCAGACCCAGUGCCCCUUCUGCUGGGGGUAUACCAGUGCCUCGCAGCAAACUUGCACAGCCUGUUCGCAGAUCCUUGCCAGCUCCUAAAACCUACAGUAGCAUGAAAGAUGACAGUUGGAAAGAUGGCUGUUAUUGAUCAGCAAAGAGAAGAAUGCAGAGUCCACAGCUUCAUGGAUACCCCUUCACCAGGCUAAAAGACAACUUUUAUAUGCAGACUGUUCAGAUAAGACUCUUGGGAUUUAUAAAAUCCCAGCCCUCUCUGUCUUAAUUAGCACAAACUGACAGAGAUGAUCAAGCAGCACUUUAAUGACAUUUAACAUCAGAUGUGUUUGGUAAUCAUACAAUCACUUUCCAUGGAAUCACUUUUAGUUUUGUUUAAUAGAAACUAGGUUGUUUUUUUAAUAUUUGACAGAGGCCAAUAUCUGGGCAAAAAACUAAUGGAUGCCAAAGAGAAAUGCCCAUUUGGAAAUGAGAGAGUACCUUUGUGCACAGGAAAAUGGUGAAUUCAAGCUAUCCAAAACUUCACAUUCAACGUAAUUUACUGUAUGAAUAGUAUCAAUAAAUACUUGUGUUAAUGAGAACUAAUAUUCUGACUACUUAUCUAAAAUGUUUCACUAGUGUUUCACUAGUUCUCCAGAAAACUAGAUUGAGAUGGCAGGGGGGCAUGGUGGGAAGAAACCUGGGCUAGAGAUUUAAAACAUGAUACCUAAAUCUGGAAGAAUCCUUUGUUAUUUUUGCAGAUUCAUUAGAAAAAUUAUUUUGUUUAAUCUUAAGUUUUGGGUGUAGCUCACAUAUCACCACCACCAGAUAGUGUUACAGCAUGCAUCCAUCAUGUUGCAUUGACACAUCGGAUUGUUUUGAUUGCCAAAAGGGCUUAAUAUCAGUUGUACAAUCUUUCUAAACUUUAUAGCUCCUGGCUCAGGAAAGAUAGCUUUUGCUAUUGAAGCCAACUUUUCACAUGCUGUCAUUUGUUACAGAACUAAGAGUUCUUGUUUUUAUUAGCAGGUUUCCAUGAUGGUAAAGAGCAAGUAGUAUGUGUGUUUAUUCUUGAUAUAAAUAACACCACCUCAGUGCUUACAACCUGGAACAAAACUAUACAGUAAAACUGGGGAGGGAAAUCUAUGCAUUUACCUUACAAAAUCUCUGGUAAUGACAGUUGUAUUGUUACUAUUAAUUGACACAGUAGCCUGUUAUGUGGUGGGAAAUUAUAGGCUGCUGAAUCCUACUUAAGUCGAUCCACUUUAAACUAACUGUUUCAAAACAUCCUUUGAAAAUACUGCCCCUUUUAGAUUCUGCCUGACAUCAAUUUUUUGCAUUUUUGGUAACAAAUGAAACCUACUACAUAUGACUCUAAGCUGUUAAACACUUGCUCUAUGAUGGCCCUUAUAUAUAUCUUGGAAAUCACUUAUUUUGGUUUUAUUCAACUAUUAUCAGCCUAAACCUUCCUUCUUCAGCAGGCUUCUCAUUUUUCAUGGUGAGGUCUGUUUUUAAGUAUUUAAUUUGAACAGCUCUAAAAUCUUGGCAGCUGGGUCUCUAAAGGAUUUUAGAUAUUUGAACAUAAGUUCAUUUCCUAUUAGUCAAACACAUUCUGUAAGUUGGCAAAAGAAAUUGAGAGAGAAAUGGGAAGCUUAUAUUCAGGAUAGCACUGAGGUUGUUGAUAGGUUGAGAGAAUGAUAAAACUUUUAAAACCAAGACCCCUGUUCUGCCAUGACGGACCCCAUGGUAGUCUUUAUUAGCUUGACCAGUAGGGAGUCAUUCAGUUAGCAAAAACAGCUGGAGAUUCAAAAUGCCAGUGCUAAUGUAUUUUGGUGUUUCAUGCAAGGAAGAAAUUUUAUCGUUGGAUUUGAGGGGGAUGGGAAUGGGUCACGAAAGGAUGGUGCCAGAAUUCCACGUGAUGAUGAACUUAAAAAUGUUGCUUUUCAGAGGAAGAUAAAGCAUCUGUUUCAGGUAGAGGGGUAUCACAUGUAAAAAUCUAAGUAAGUAAAAGAAAGAACUAGCCACUGUCUCUUUUUGAAACCACAUAUACACAAAAGAAAAUAGGUCUCAGUUUUCAGUGCAACAUUGGGAAAAAAAAUGCUGCAAUCUACUAAUUAAAAGGAAUUUUAACCCUAUUACAAAACACCCAUUACAUUUUUAAGUUAGAUUAUCAGUUUCAAAGGGAAUAUUCAGGUUAUUUAACUUUGUUUUUAAAUGGCUGCAUCAGAAAAAAAUGUCUAUUUUUUUUUAAUUAAAAUAUUUCAUCACUUGUUAAAAACAUAUUUGGAUCUGAGUUGGGUAAAGUAUUAUUUUACCUGCUGUUGUACUACCACAGACUAUUGGCUUUUAGUUUCCUAAAGAGAAAAAUUGCCUAUUUACUAGAAAGCCUUUGUGUAUUGCCAGUUUUUCUGUUUGGGAAAAAUCUAAGGAUUCACUGUGGUUGGUCUUACAGAUGAAGUGUGGUUUUGAUAAACUAGUGCCUAUGAUUUUAACUUAUGUUUGAUAUAUAGUAGUAAGGGUUUUAUGAAUGUUGAUUAUUUUUUUUGUGCCAACAGCCCAGAAUUGUCACUUAUAUGUAAGCAGAAAGCUGUGAGCUCUGCUUCCAAAGUUAUUUAAUUUUCUCAGUGUUUGAAUGUUAUUUUUUGUAAGUGUGUUAAUAAAAGUAUAAAGAAUUGGAAAAAAAUAUAAAUAUUCUUAACUCGAGCAUUUGCUGGAUCAUUUUUCUACAAAACUUGUUUGUAUAAUAUAAAACGCUCUCUGAAGGGUUGGCUUUUUUUGCUUUUCAUACCCUGGAAAUCACAUUUUGUAAUACUGGGGACCAUUCAUUAUUGUCAGAUACUUUUUAAAAUUAUUAUCUCAGUACGUCACUUUUAUAAAAAAGUUUUUCUGAAAGGAAAUUAGAUACAUGUGUCCCCAGAUGUUUGUAUAACUCUAGAAUGAUCUAGACUAUGUAUAUUUAACUUUUUAUUGAAUGUACAGGCGUCCAUUUUUGACGUUAUGCAUGGUCCUUUUAGAUCACAUGAAGUUUGAUUUGCAAAAACAUUUCUAUAGCCGAACAUGUAUGUGUGGUUGCCUCCUUAAUAAACAACCUGACCAUAAUGUUUAUUAUUAAAU